AUGGCGUACAUUUUGAUGGUCGAGACCAAAGAGAAAAAAAGGAUCAGCGAGUCGCGAGCGAUUCCACCAUUUCGAUGUGAAGAAAUAGCCCGAAAUCAAUUAUCCAAAGAAUGGAAGAGUUGGAAAUCUUCACUGGAAGUAUAUUUCGAAGCGUUUGAUGUAGUUGACCAACGGAAGAUGAAAGCACUUCUUUUGCAUUUUGGUGGAAGACAGUUACAAAAAGUUUUCGGAAAUCUACCUGAUGUAGACAAAAUUCCUUUGGUUGCGACUAAGGUGAACUGGUACGAUUUGGCCAUUAGCAAGUUGGACGAUUUUUUCGAGCCUGGUAGGCAAUACAUCUUGGAACGCUGUCGACUGCGGAAGAUGAAACAGGCGAAAAACGAAAGAUUUUCACAUUUUAUGAUGCGCAUUCGUCAGCAGCUCGCUGAUUGUGGCUUGGAGAAAUUUUCCACGGAAGUAAGGGAAAUAUUGACCGAAAUAUUCCUUACAGAUGCUAUAGUCGAGGGAUGCGAAUCUGAAGAACUCAGACGUCGCAUUCUUCAAAAGGAUAGAUCGCUUGCCGAGCUGGAAGAGCUAGGUGCAAUGAUGGAGGGCGUAGAACAGCAAAUGAAGGACAUAAGCUCGUUGAAUCCAAAUGAAAGCAAUAUAGAAAAGGUUUUUAAAGUGGAAUCUAGAUUCGUAAGAAAAUCAACAACAUCAGGUCGUGCGCAGCGAAAACUGGAAAAGAAACCAUAUGAUGCACGGAAAAUGAGAUGCUUCAGUUGCGGAAUAGAUGGUCACAUUUCUUCAUCAUUGCAGUGUAAAGCUCGCGAUCAAAAGUGCAGAAAAUGUGACAAGAGGGGGCAUUUCGAGGCUGUGUGUGGAAAACGAUAUUUCAACAAGCGGGAUGUUAAUUUCAAACACCAAGAAGGAAAAAUUCGAUUGAUAACUGAAAUUAAAGACGAGUUUGAUGAUAAAGCAGAAGAAAUUGUUGCGGAAGACGCUGAGAAUGUUCCAGAGAAAAAGAGCAAAACAUAUUAUUGUUUUUACUCUGGAAACGAAACAAAUCUCAUUGAAUGCGUGGUAGGCGAUGUCCCUUUGAAGUUGCUGAUUGAUUCAGGCUCUGAUGCUAAUUUGAUACCGUUAAAAGUCUGGGAGGAAAUGAAGCAGGCGCAAGUAAACGUGGCGAACAUGAUCAAAGGAGGACAACAGACUUUGAGAGGAUAUGGGAACACGAAGCCUCUUCAAAUAGUUGGGACGUUUCAGGCUAACAUAACUUGUGGAAAUCAAACGGUCUCAGCUAAAUUUUUUGUUGUUGGUGAAGGACAAUGUUGCUUGUUGGGCGACACAACGGCCAAAGCUCUGGGAGUUUUGAGAGUCGGAUUAAACAUAAACCAGGUCGAGGAUAAGUUUUUACCGUUUGGUAAAAUUCGUGACAUGCAGGUUCAAAUUCAUAUGAAUCCUGAAUACAAACCGGUCUUUCAACCUGUACGUAGAGUGCCGAUACCAUAUGAGUCUGCUGUAAAUGAGAAGAUUGAGCAGUUAUUGGCUCGAGAUAUCAUUGAGAUUAAAACUGGACCAACAUCUUGGGUUUCGCCACUAGUUGUGGUGGGAAAAGCGAAUGGUGAGCCAAGGAUUUGCCUCGAUUUGCGUAGGGUAAAUGAGGCUGUGCUUCGUGAACGAUAUCCUAUGCCAAAUGUGGAAGAACUAUUAGCUAGAAUUGGUAAAGGAGCAAUCCGUAGUAAGCUAGACAUUAAAGAUGCUUUCCUGCAAACUGAGUUGGCCCCAGAAUCUCGAGACGUCACGACGUUCAUAACACACAAAGGGCUGUUUCGGUUUAAAAGACUGCCGAUGGGUCUGGUGUCCUCCCCCGAAAUUUUCCAAAAAGUUAUGGAAGAGAUUCUCUCUGGCUGCGAAGGAACGUUCUGUUACAUAGACGACAUAUACAUUGAAGGGUCAACUCGUGCAGAACAUGAUAAACGACUUCAAGUCGUCAUGUCGCGCCUGAAAGAUCGAGGAGUAGUUCUCAACCAUGAAAAAUGCCAAAUCGGCGUAGCCGAGAUUGAGUUUUUGGGACACGUCAUUACAGCCCAGGGUAUUAAACCUUCUGUUAGUAAAGUGGAUGCCAUCAAAUCUUUCCGCCGGCCAGAGAACGUUUCGGAAUUGAAAAGCUUUCUUGGCCUGGCAAAUUAUUUGAACAAAUUCAUUCCAAAUCUUGCCAAAAUUGAUGAACCCCUUCGUCAUCUCUUGUUGUCGUCCAGUAAAUUUGAAUGGAAGGAACCGCAGCAAACUGCAUUUGAUGCUAUCAAAGUUGCCCUGGCAGUUGACACGAUUUUGGGACACUUUAAUGUUGAUGAUCAAACGUCAGUCAUAUCGGAUGCUAGCCCAUCGGCCCUUGGAGCUAUUCUUUUUCAAACGGACACAACCGGAGAGUCUCGAGUAAUAAGCUUCGCUUCUAAAUCACUAACGACCACUGAGAAGAAGUAUUGCCAAACGGAAAAGGAAGCGCUGUCGUUAGUAUGGUCGGUCGAAAGAUUUCAAAUGUAUUUGUUGGGCUCAAAAUUCGAUCUUAUCACUGACUGUAAAGCUUUGGUUUAUCUUUUCACUCCACGGUCUAGACCCUGCGCUAGAAUAGAGCGUUGGGUUCUCCGACUACAGGCUUUUGAGUACACAGUUAAGCACUGGCCUGGUGAGAAAAACAUAGCUGAUGUAUUAUCUCGACUCUCAACACUGAAAGCAGAACCGUUUGAUAUGUCUGAGGAACUGUUUGUAAACGAAAUAGCUCUUGCUGCAGCAUCGACUGCUGCGAUCCGUUGGGAAGAAAUUCAAAGGGUUUCUAAGGCAGACAAUGAAAUUCAAACGGUUAUUCAAUGUCUACGCAACAACCGUCUCCAUGAUUUGCCGGUGGUUUAUCGCAUUGUCGGAAGAGAAUUGUGCGCGAUUGAACAUGUAGUUCUGCGGGGUGACCGUAUAGUAGUCCCAGGUAAUCUGAGGGAGCAAGUAUUAUCUUUAGCUCAUGAAGGUCAUCUCGGUUCACGAUUGAUGAAAAGCCAUCUUCGCACAUCAGUAUGGUGGCCAAAAAUGGACCAAGACGUGGAGACGUUUGUGAAGCGAUGUUAUGGCUGUACGUUAGUAUCUGCUCCAGAAGCUCCAGAGCCUAUGGCGCGUCGAGAGAUGCCGAACGGACCGUGGGAAGACGUAGCCAUCGAUUUUCUGGGUCCGCUCCCAGACGGACAAUUUCUGCUAGUAGUGAUUGACUAUUACAGCAGAUAUUUUGAGAUCUGUGAAAUGGAUUCUAUAACGGCGGAGUGCACAAUAUUUCAACUGAUGCAGAUUUUUAGUAGAUUUGGAAUACCACUCACAUUGACCGCUGACAACGCACCACAAUUGAGUGAAGAUUGUGAGGCGUUUUCAAAGUUUUGUAAAGAUCAAGGCAUUAAGCUACUUAAUACCAUUCCAUAUUGGCCCCAAAUGAAUGGCGAAGUGGAACGCCAAAACAGGACCAUAUUGAAACGACUCAAAAUUGCGCAGGAGCUGGGCCAAGACUGGAAGAUGGAACUGCAGAAAUUCUUGUUGGCAUACCGUAGUACUCCACACUCGACAACAGGGCGGUCACCUGCUGAAUUGUUAUUUGGGAGGAAAAUAAGAUCUAAAAUUCCACAAUUGAUGCCAACAUAUGUAGGUGACGAAGAAACCAAAGAACGUGAUCAAAUACAAAAAGAGUUAGGUCGUGAAUAUGCAGAUAAGAAAAGAAGAGCUACUCCGAGUUCAAUUGUUGUAGGGGACAAGGUAUUGAUUAAAAGGCAAAAGAAAGAUAAUAAACUAAGUGGUGAUUUUGUAAACGAAGAAUACAUAGUACAGGAAAAACAUGGAGGGGAUGUUAUAGUUAAAUCGUCAGUUUCUGAUAGGAUAUAUCGUAGGAACGUUGCUCACUUGAAAAAACUAUGGGCUCCUCAAGAAAAUGAAAAGUUAAGUAUCUCUUCUGAAGAUAGGACAACAGAGCCUACUAAUGAGAACUCGAAAAACGAUGAAACGGGCACUCAUAGAGUAGGUGAGAAACGUAUUCGUAAAGAACCUAAAUGGCUUGAAAAUUAUAUACCCCAUUAG